AAUAAUAAUGAACCAAAUUAAAAUGUAAAAAAGAAAACGAAGUGUGACAGCAAAAAUCAUUAUCUAAAAAGAUAGAUACACCUCAACCUCAUAAGUACACGUCGUCCCCUCCAACCUCUCAGUUUCACUUUUCUCUCAAAUCGAAAGCUCUGCCCUUUUUCUGUUAACACCUCUUUUUCAUCCAUUUCUCUGCUCAAUCCAGCUCCCACUCUUACUCGUUCUUUCUCUCGUGAAAAUCUGGGCAUGAUAAAUCUGCAGCUUAUUUGAUGAUUUUCGAACUUUAAUCUUUUUUUAGUGCCAAAAAAGAAAACAAAGAAAAGAAAUUUGAAUCAUGGUGCUGUGCGACUUCGCCACGUCAAUGGGGAGUAGCAGCGGCAGCUCCUCAUCAUCAUCCUCCAAACCACUGCCAUCGCCACAGCAGCAAGAUAUUGAUGGACUUCUCGCCGGCGCUGGAUACAAAGUCCGGUCAUCGGAGCUCCUGCAAGUAGCUCAGCGACUGGAACGACUCGAAAACGCCAUGGGUAAUUCCCCUGCAGAUUUCUCCCAACUCGCUACGGAUGCUAUCCACUAUAACCCUUCCGAUCUUGGCUCCUGGGUCGACUCGCUCCUAUCCGAGUUCGUUCAGCCUUCUACUUGCCCUUCUGAAGUCAUCAUGGAUCCCGUACCCAAUCAGGCGGUGGUAAGCAACGCGUGGACCACCGCCGAACCUCAAAACCCGCAGGUGCACCAGAAUAUUUGUUACGAGCAACAAAGUUUGAAUAAUCAAUUGACGGUUGUAACGGCCACGGAAGAAGAUUCCGGUAUAAGACUGGUUCACAUGUUGAUGACAUGUGCGGACUGCGUCCAACGUGGUGACCUUUCAUUGGCUACUUCAUUGAUCGACGACAUGAAAGGGUUACUCACUCGUGUCAACACCGUUUGCGGUAUCGGUAAAGUUGCUGGACAUUUUAUCGAUGCUUUGAGCGGCCGUAUCUACCAAGGAAUUGGCGGCGGCUCUGUCAACGGUGGCUCUGUUCUUGAGAACGAGAUUUUGUAUCAUCAUUUUUACGAAGCGUGUCCAUACUUGAAAUUCGCUCACUUCACGGCCAAUCAGGCGAUUCUCGAAGCUUUUGAAGGUCACGAUUGCGUCCACGUGGUGGAUUUCAAUUUGAUGCACGGCUUACAAUGGCCAGCUUUGAUACAAGCCCUCGCUUUACGUCCCGAUGGACCUCCUUUACUCCGUUUGACCGGCAUUGGACCGCCGUCUCCAGAUGGCCGUGACUCGCUUCGCGAAAUCGGUUUACGACUCGCCGAGUUGGCUCGGUCCGUCAACAUCCGCUUCUUCUUCCGUGGAGUCGCCGCUUCCAGGCUCGAAGACGUUAAGCCAUGGAUGCUUCGGGUAAAUCCAAAAGAGGCGGUGGCAGUUAACUCAAUCAUGCAGCUUCACCGUUUGCUCGGAUCCGAACCGACCCGAAAUUAUCCUAUCGAAACGGUUUUGAGUUGGAUCCGAAGCUUAAACCCGAAAAUUAUGACCGUCGUUGAACAAGAAGCAAACCACAACCAACCCCUUUUUUUGGACCGGUUCACGGAAGCUCUUUAUUAUUAUUCAACAAUGUUUGAUUCUUUAGAAGCUUGCACCGUUCAACCGGAAAAAGCUUUAGCCGAGAUAUACAUACAGAGAGAAAUAGCCAACGUGGUGAGCUGUGAAGGGUCGGCUCGAGUGGAAAGACACGAGCCCUUGGCCAAGUGGCGGACUCGGCUGAGUGCAGCCGGGUUUAAGCCAUUACAUUUGGGGUCCAACGCGUUUAAACAAGCUAGCAUGUUGUUGACUUUGUUCUCGGCGGAGGGAUAUUCGGUCGAAGAAAAUGAAGGGUGUUUGACUCUGGGCUGGCAUAGCCGCCCUCUCAUUGCGGCUUCGGCUUGGCAUGCCGUGCCCGAUGCUUCCGCUGAGUUCCCGGCUUGGGAUAAUCAACAGUCAUCCUAAUAGUCUUGCUGUAAAUUCGGGGUAAUUUGGUUAUUUUUGGAAAGUUUUUUUUUUUUUACAGCUUUUAUCGGUGCUAUUUGCAAUGAGAUUUUACUUCAGGAGAAAUCUGUUCCUAGCUAGGAUGUUUCAUACGUGUUUUUGUUUACCCACUUUUUGCAGUUAUCUUUAAAAUCGGUCAAUUUGGUCCCGUGACAAGAAUUCAAGAUGAUGAGAUGGAUUCAUAUCAAUUUAAUUUGUUGGUUAGACAUAGCGUUAGGGUUAGAGUUUUAUCAAGUGCUAUCUCCAUUUACAACCCAAUUAAAGUUUUGAAUUUUAAACUAGAAAAUGACAUUUUUCCAAUUUUCUUAUAGAAAAUGACAUUUUAGGGACUAAAAAAAUUGCAUGAACUGAUUUUAUCUUCAGUGUUGAUGUUAAGCUAGAAUGAAAUGCAGAAUCUGGGAUUGCCAUGAAGAUCAUGUGUCAUAUAACGUAAGA